GAGGCGGUGGCUGCAACGACGGCGGCGGUGGUUGAAAAAGUGGAGGAGGAGGAGGAAGGAGGCAGGAAUAACGGCGAAAAAUAAUUUUAAAUAGAGGGGAAAUAAGGGGAUAAAUUCAGAGAAAUUGAAGGAGAUAUCAAACGCGUUAAGGAUGGCGGACACAAACGAACAGCAAGCGUUGUCCGAGCCACAUACGAACGGAGUAAUGGACGGAUUGACGGAAGAAGAGAAAAGUAAAAUGAGGCCUGCCGAUAUCGACGCGGAUAUGAGGGAAAUGGAAAGGAGAAAGAGAGUCGAGAUGAUGAUGAAUUCACGACUGUUCCGGGAGGAAUUAGAACGAAUUAUUGAGACUCAAAUGAAAGACGGUGCUGGGCCAUCCGGCCUAUUGCAACAAAUCUCGGACAUGAUGGGUGCGCAAGGUGCUCGGUUCAACGCAAACGUGUUCAAAAAUUCAAAUUGUGUAUUACCUAUCAACGAUAUACGCGGUGUUGAAAGUAUGGGUUACGCGAAGGGAGAGAAAUUGUUGCGCUGUAAGUUGGCGGCAAUGUUCAGAUUGUUGGAUCUUUAUGGUUGGACGCAGAGUGUCGGUGGACAAAUCACAGCCCGUUUGAACCACGAUGAAGAACACUUUUUAAUUAAUCCUUAUGGAUUGCUCUACCAUGAGGUCACUGCCUCGAGUUUGGUGAAAGUUGAUAUGCAAGGGACGAUCGUGGAGCAGGGAACAACCAAUUUCGGCGUUCACGUGACAGGAUUUCAAUUACAUUCAACAAUCCACGCUGCGAGACCUGACAUCAAGUGCAUCGUUCAUAUCACCACUCCGUCCGUUACUGCUAUCUCGUCGCUAAAAUGCGGAUUGCUACCAAUCGGACAAGAGAGUAUAGUGAUAGGGGAGGUUAGCACGCAUCAAUACAUAGGUGGUAACUUCGAACCGGAGGAGAAAGAAAAAAUAGCUAGAAAUCUUGGCCCUGUGAAUAAAGUGAUGUUGUUGACGAAUCGCGGUGCUCUCUGUUGCGGGGAGACCGUCGAGGAAGCCUUUUACAACGUUUACAAUAUGGUAAUGGCCUGCGAGACGCAACUGAAAAUGAUGCCCGCCGGCCUUGAGAAUUUGAACCUAAUCUCCGAGGAAUCGAAGAAAGCAAUAUUCGAGGCCUCGAGGAAACCACCAACGCCGCAUCAAAUAACUCAGAUCUCCGAAAGCACGGUUCUUGCUGAAAAACUUGAAAAGCGUUGGCGAAUCGGCGGAAUUGAAUUCGAGGCGCUCAUGCGGAUGCUGGAUAACGCGGGAUUCCGUACGGGUUACAUAUACAGGAAUCCAUUGGUGAAAGGGGAUCCUCCGCGACCUCGGAAUGACGUAGAAGUACCACCAGCAGUUUCAUCUUUGGGAUAUCUACUUGAGGAAGAGGAACUAUAUAAACAAGGACUCUGGAAAGGUGGUCGCAAAGGCACUGAUAGAUCACGUUGGUUGAACUCGCCCAAUGUGUAUCAGAAGGUUGAAAUACUUGAGACGGGAACUCCUGAUCCAAAAAAAAUAACAAAGUGGGUGUCUGACGGCUCUCCGACCCAUAGCAGUACACCGGUGAAGAUCGAUGGUGCUCUUCAAUUCGUACCGAAAAAUACCAAUCCAAAGGAGUUUAAGCAAAUACAGCAACAGAUCAAAGAUUACCGUAGGGCAGACAAAAUAUCAGCUGGACCGCAAUCUCACAUAUUGGAAGGUGUUACGUGGGAAGAAGCUAAGAAAAUGCAGGAUGCUACCAUCAGUGGAACUGGAGAGCAAGUAGUUUUGGUAGGAGCGGCCAGCAAAGGUAUUAUUCAACGUGGCUUUCAGCAUAAUGCGAUGGUCUACAAGACUCCGUACGCCAAAAAUCCAUUUGAUGCCGUCACCGAUCAAGAACUCGAUCAGUACAAGAAAGAAGUGGAACGUAAACAGAAGGGAGAUCCAUAUGACGAAUCGCAGUCUGAAUCGGAAGCACUGUCCUCUUUCAACGCCAGCCGUGCAACACACGAAUCUAGCACUGCCAAAAGUCCGAUUCAGUCACCGGUAUCGAUAACUUCGGAAACAGAAGAAGAAAGCAGAGACGAACCUCGAGUACUGCGAAUAGAAACGAAACAAGUGCCUGCACCGAGUCAACCCGAGGUUGUAUUGAGCGAUGGAGAAAAUACCGUAAAUGGCGAUCACUCAGAUGCACAUCACAGUACAUUUUCUCAAAGUAGCAAAGAGGGUUCCGUGUCGCAGGAUGUGAGCGUUAGCGAGGAAUCGCCAAAGAAGGAAAAGAAGAAGAAAAAAGGCCUUAGGACACCGUCAUUCCUAAAGAAGAAGAAGGAAAAGAAGAAGCCAGUCGAGGCGUAGGUAGUCCUAACUUUGACACUGCCACGAGUAAAAGCUUAUCGCAAAUAAAUAAAAACGAA